AUGGCCAGUCCCGCUCAUGAUGUGCUGCCAGGACCGACCCGCCCCUUCUGGGGCUGCCCGUCCUGCGGCGCGUCCGCCAACUAUGCAUCGCGCAUUCGGUGCCGAUGCGGCCGCCCUGCCCCGCAGUCUGUCGCAGACAAGGCGCGCAAGGCGGCCAAGCAGAUGGAAGCCGGUGGGCCGUCUCAUGCUCCUGGGGCUGCAGGUGGUCGCCGCCGUGCUGGGAGUGCGUGGGCGGCAGGCCCGCCAGGCAGUGUGGAUGGUGGCAUCGCCCGUGAGCUCGCCGAGCUCAAGCGCAAGUACGCCGCCCUCCAGAAGUCCAAGGCCGUGCCCACUCCCGAGCCUGCGCCUCCGCCCGAUCCGCUCGAUCUUGAGGUACAGCGCUGGGAAGGUAUCGUUGCCCAGUUCGCCAAGUCUGGCUUGGGCGCUGACGUCCCCAGCCGUGUCAGUGCCGAGCAGUCUCUGGCCGCGGCGCGCAAGGCUCGGAAUGAUGCCAAGCCACAACUUGCACGCCACACCACCCUCGGGCACAAGCUGCAGGAUGCGAUCAAGCGCCAUCAGAAGCUCGAGUCCGACGUCAGUGCGCAGGUCAAGGUCGUCGAGGCCGCCGAGGAGCACCUCCGUGAGCUCAGGGCCAAGGUGCUGGCCGCCAAGGACCUGGUGGCUUCCCUCCAGGAGGAGCUGCGCGAGUCUUGCCCCAAGGACCUGCGCCCUGAAGGGAGCGAUGCUACCUCCUUCGUGCUGCCCGACCUCCCGACCACCGUGCUGGAGGCCGACGCCGACCUCAAGGCCAUGGUGGAGUCGCCUGUCUUUGACAAGUUCAAGGAGGCUGUGCGUGCUGCUGCUGCCGCCCAGGCAGCCUCCGCUGGCCCAACCGUCGGGGAUGAGGGCACCGACUGUGGUGAAUCGGUUCCCGUCCCUGAGGAUGAUGAUGUGUACCUUGACGUCGACGAGGAAGGCAUCUCCCAGGUCAUCUCCACUACCAAGUUUGCUGGUGACAAACGGGAGCUCCAGGAGUUGUUCAAGUCCCUCGGCCUCGUCACCAAGAAGCAGCGGAAGAAGUUGCCGCCGACAUCGACGGCGACACAGUUCAUCGAGACUUUCAAUGGCUCUGGGUGGUCCACGCUACGUGAGCGGCUCACCACGACUACCAGUGUCAUCGUGUGCGCCCAGGAGCUUGGCUUGUCCGAGCUCACAGCGCCCCAGUCCCUGGCCGCUGUGCGCGCCCUGGGCUGGCGAUUCCUCAUCAGUGAGUCGUCCUUCAACCCCGCGACGCAGAGGUGCUCGGCUGGGGUUGGAGUUUUUGUUCGUGACGGGUUUGGCUUGCGAUGGACUGACCCAGCGUGCAAGGCUAUUGUGCCACAUCGUGCCAUACAGGUUACCAUUGACCUACCUGGUUUCUCGUUCAACAUCGUGUGUGCUUAUUUCCACGUCAAUGACGGCAUGCGUGAGAAGAAUCUGUCCAUACUCAGCGCGAUCGGCGCCAAGAUCAUCCAGCCUCCGCUCACGGUCAUUGCGGCAGAUUGGAACAAUUCACCUGCCGCCGUCGAGGCCACGGGGUUUGUGCAGAAGGUCAAG